AUGCCAAGGUGAAAAACGGGUGCAGGUACAAGGUGCAGGUAGAUGAUAAAUCAUUGUCGUGAAAGUUUUGGAAAAAUGGAAUUGGUAAUCAUAUUUCAAGACUGUUAUCAGUAAUAGAUCUCUAAAUACAAAAUCUGGAGUGAAUCUGACAAAUGGUUCAUGAGGAGAAGCUGAUUGCAGAUGAUUUGGAGCAUUAGCCUUACAUAUGCAAAUAAUUAGUUGUUAAUAGUUUCCUUGUUUUUUCAGAUAUCAAAACCAAAUUCAGUAUGGUUCAUUUUAGGGACGUCCAUGAUAGCGAUGACAAAUUUCAAGUUGAUAGGCCACUGUGGAGUGGAUUUACAGUGGUUUAAAUGGACACAUAAAAUCAGAUUUGUGAUUUGUCAAUAACUAAUUUGAUUUGUCAUUUGGUCCUAUGGUUCAUGAGAAUACGUUUUUCAAAGGUUAAAAAAAAAAUAUAUAUAUAUAUUGCACAUUUUAGCAUAGAUGCAAAAAUCUGUUAUAGUGUGGCUAAAAUGUGUUAAAGUGUCGUCAUCUUUGAAUGCAUCAAUGUUAUUUUCUCAAACUCUUUAGGGACUAUUGUGAUGAGUCCAAAUACCAAAUUUGGAGUGAAUCUGACUUUUAGUUCAUGAGAAUAUUUUUUUAUGAUUAUUUAAAGUAUUAUCAAAACUCAUCAUGGUAAUGUCUGUGAUGACCCAACAAUGUUUCAAGUUGAUAGGCCAUUGUGAAGUGGAUUUACAAAUAUUUAUUUUAAAUGGACAUGUAAAAUCUGAUUUCCUGAUUUAUCAAUAACUCAGCCAUCUCUUAACCAACCAAGCGUUUCUCAAACUAAGUUAAGCGAUGUACCAUGGGCCUACAUAUCAAAGUUGGUGUUCUUUGGACUUAUGGUUCAUGAGAAUACGUUUUUCAGGUUUUCCAAAAUGUCCAAGAUGGAGGAAUAUCUAUCCGGAUGGACCUUAUGGGUCCUUAAGGCAAAUUUGUUCAGCAUGAGGAAAGACACCUACAUACAAAGUCUCUAGGUCAAACAGGUCGGCGAAUAUAAGGGUUUAAGUAAGACUACUUAUAACAGCGCCAUCUAUAGGCCAAUCAGUGCCAUUAUUUUUGACCAAGUUACUUGUGGCCUCUAGUUUCUUUGUGCCAAAUUAGGAAAAAAAGAUACCAAUCUAUGCUUGAGUUAUUGGAAUAAAGGUGAUCAAAAGCGUGGCUCACUUCUGCCCCCAGGAGCCCACAGUACACACACACAUUAGUGGCUCCCUGAACACAAUGCUCAAGCUCCAAUCUUUCAAAACACACCAGCAGCCCCGGCUCUCUCCUCCACUGAGAGCUCAUUGGGCAGUGCCUCCUAUCUGAUACCACUGAUUGGCUAUUGAAUGUUGUCUCACAGGCAGCAGAGGAACUGGCAGCAGGAGGAGACAGGGAGAAAGGAGGGAGAGAGGGGGAGUAUACGGUGCAAUAUCGUGAGAGGGAGAGAGCAAAACAGAGAGAGUAAUAGAGGAGACAAGAGCAGCUUCAGGCAAAAGGAUAAAGGAGGAGGAAGGAAAAAUAGGAAAAUCCUUUCUGUGCUGCUGAAGCUGUUUACAUCCUAGGUUGCUGAAGACAAGGAGGGGCUGUGACUGAGAUGAGAGUGCUGCUGUAGCUGGGUCCAGUUCUAAGGAUGCCAGGGUAGAAGUGAGGUUCUACAGCGGUUCCACAGCAGUUCCACAGCACAACCAGGCAGGAACCAACACUGGGAUGCAGAACCUACGACAUGCAGCCACGGAGGCUUUCCAUCGCCUGGGUGAGUAUCAGUCAAACCUACCCUCCCUAGAAACAGUACCACACUGGCUCCAGACGGGUUAGGGGACAGAGCAGUGCUUACUCAAUAAUAAUAUGCCAUUUAGCAGACGCUUUUAUCCAAAGCGACUUACAGUCAUGCGUGCAUACAUUUUUGUGUAUGGGUGGUCCCGGGGUUCGAACCCACUACCUUGGCAUUACAAGCGCCAUGCUCUACCAGCUGAGCUACAGAGGACCACUCAAGCUUCCUCAUACCCACAAACAGUAUUUACAGAGUUCUCUUUGGUAUUUACCUGCUAUGCUUAUUGUGUUCCAUCUGUUUACUGUACCAGAUUCCAAGAUACACUGCAUGGGGAAUGUAUGUUACCUAGGGAACACAAUACCUAACUUGUUGGCAUGACAACUAUCCUUACACACACUACAGGUAAUGACAGGCGGCAGCUCGUUAACAGGGUCAGGUGUUGUAGCGUGGUAUGUUGUCGUGUUCCAGGGAUGAGGGCACACCUAGGGACUGGACUGUUACAAGCUUCAGUAGCUUGGCAUGGACUGACAAGUUAUACUGCUGAUCUGCAGAUGCAGCUAGGCAACCCAUGGCUUAUUGAAUAAAGCAUAAAAAUGCUGAUGAGCAGAGGGGCUGUUUUGCUCCCUAAGUGGGAGAGACACGCGAGGGGUGAUGUGAGCAGGAGGGGAGAGAGGAGAGGAGGGGAGAGAGGAGAGGAGGGGAAGAGAGGGGAGGCAGCCCCAGCGGGAGCAGAGGGGUGUUUUGCUCGCUAAGUGGGAGAGGAAAGGGGUGAGGAGAGAGGAGAAGGAUGAGGUAAGAAGCAGAAGAGGUGUUUUUCUCGCUGAGUGGGAGAGAAGAUGGGAGAGGAGUCUAGGUGAAGAGAGAGGAGGGGAGGCAGACCCGACCAGUAACCCACAUCUCCCCCAGGGUGGGUGCAGGUUGUGAGGGGGAGGGAAGGUAGACAGCUGAGGCAUCAAGGUGCAGGUGGUUCCAGUCCCUAGGGGGGAAGGUUGGUUGUCGGGGGGGGAGGGGGUACUGGGUAGUUAUAGUGCUGUUAUACAGUCAGGGUAGUUCUAAUGUUAUAGAGCUGGGGUAGCAGGAUGCAAGUGGUUCUGUAGGCGGAGAUGAAUAAUGCAUCACUCUCACAGCUGCAGUGUAAACAAAAUAAAGUAAGUGCUCUGUAGUCCGAUAAAAGACUCAGGGCAAAUCUCUUAGGGUCACUGCCAAUUCAAAUGCAAUGGCACGUCCACCAACCAGUUUCCGCCACAUUGGUUGUGUGUUGUUUGAAUCAGGAAGUGUGCUGAGUGAUUUUGUUAUCGUACACAGACAGGACAGCUGAUAUUCCUCCUCACUCUCUUGUCCUGUCAGUUUGAUCAAGGAAAUUGUUGUUUUCUCUAAUCUGAAGAGACUCGGAUGUGCUUUGAACAUUUCUGUCAGAGAGAGAGAUCUCGUAUCAGGAUGAUGUACUGCUCAGCUGCUUGACAUAACUCACAGGAUAUCCAAACGAGCGCCUAUCUCUACACUAUUCAGAGAGGCUGAUAGUAUGUCAGUACACUAGGCUGAUAGUACACUGCUUCUACACAUGAUUGCAUGUUUACUCAUGUCAUGAAUCAUGACUUGUUUGCACCAUUUUCCAUGUAUCUCACACAACACAGUGUGAUAGUAUGCCAGAGGUAAGAUUAUAGAGGACAGUGCCAAGGCCAAAGCACCAGUGUAGGCUAACCUAUAGGACUGGCUAAGACUGGCUAUGAGGGGGACACACCACAGAGCAUUCCAAUUCCAAUAGAGCUCAGAGGAAAUAGUAGAAGAGCAUCAAUGACACACCCCCAAAAAUGCCUUAACCUCAAUUCAUUGAGGAGUGGGUACUUGAAGAAUCCAAUCUGUGUGUAUGUGUGCUUUUUCCGCUUCGCUCUCUCUCUCUGACACCUCUCAUCCCCUCCUCAAUACCCCCACUCCCCCCUGGGUGAGUUGGACAAUAGACAACGUUGCACUUUUUUUGACACCCCUCAAGCUGUACCUGUAUGGUGUCAAUCUGUGUGAUGUCUAUCUGUGUGUGACUGUCUGGUAGACCUGGCUGGAAGACUGCAGCGGCCGGUCCGGUGCACAUAUACCUGUCUGGCUCUGAGGCCCCCCAGGCUGCUCCCAGUGGGUAGUGGAUUAACAAGCUGCCUGGAGGCUGCCUGCCUGCCUGUCAUAACUGUCCACCUCCAGCAGCUACGGCCCACUCUGCUCUGUUCUGCCUCACGAAUACUGAUGAGGGCUAUCUGUAUGUACGGGUCUGUAUGAGGGAUAUUGAUGGAGGGAGGAGGGUAGGUGGUGAAUGGUGGGCUCAGCUCGGAGUGUGAUGGAGCAUGAGUGACUGUCUCUCUGUGCCUCCAUCUCACCUCCGUAAAUAACCCUGACUGCAGUGGCUUGCUGUACCAAGGCAGAGCUAGUGGCUAUGACAUAAUAUCCUAACCUAGAAGUGGUGAGAGGGUUAGACAUACCAGUCCACACACAGCCUCUCCAUAGGUCCCUAACAUAGAAAUAGUCCAAUGCCAUAGAAAUAGAAUCCCUAGAAUGGACAUAGAACCUCAAACCAUGGCAUCAUUGACUUGAAUGGGGAUAUCCGUUCUAGGGAUUCUAUUUCUAUGGUACCUACAUUACCUCACCUCAGUCCAAUACCCUUCAGUCAGAGUCAUACCAGAACAUCCCUACCCCAGGAUGUCUCCUACUAUACUGCACAGAUCAUGACCUCAAUUUCCUGGUUGGCAUUCCUAGUUCCUACCCAAUCUAAUUAUAACUUGACUUUGUCGAUGGCUGCACAUGCUGAGCCAAGAGGAGUUUUAGUUAGUUGGAAAAGGGAAUGUGCCAGCUGUACUAUAUUCUUCCAAGACAAAUAUAUUUAGACUGGAACAUAUUUUUAUGGGUUUCAUUAACCAAUGUGUCCAUUUAUAGAUGUGGCUUCUAUAUGAACAACAACAUACAUUUCAUCCUCAAUAAUUGCCCAUAUCAAAUUGAUAUUAUCAAUUAUUGACAAACAAUUAUAGUUUUAUAUUACAGUAUUUUGUUCUGUUUAAAUACUAUAUGUGUUGCAAUGCAGGGAAUAAGGCUUUCUGUAAACCCUAUUGUUAUUAAAGUCAAGCAGCCCUAAAGGUAAUGUCUUGUCUGGAUGGGUACAGCGAUGCCUUCCCAUUUAGAAGAUAAGGAGAAGUCAUGUUCCUACAAACUUUGACUGUCACUUAUGAGAAAGAGCUACCGACCGAGUUCUCUCUCUCUGUCUCUGUAUCUGUUUCUUUCUGUCUCUCUCCCCCAUCUCUCUGUCUCUCUCCAAGCCUCUCUGUCUCUCUCUCUCUCCUCUCUCUCUCUCUCUCUCUCUAUCUCUCUCGUCUCUCUCCAUCUCUCUCUCUCCUCUCUCUCUCUCUCUCUCAUCUCAAAUCUGAAGGGCUUUCGCGACUCUGAUAAACGAUCGAUAGAUGAAGUAGUCGUGCAUCACGAAGAUCUCAAACGCGGGAGAGAGUCUAGCGACGCAGAGGGAACGCCCCCUAGCUUGCACUCUCGUCGCUCAUCUAUCUCCUUCUCUCAACCUAUAGGCGAACAGGAGUUCUCAAAUAUUCCCUCUAGAUCGGCAAAUCAAUGAAAUCAGAUGUCCGGAUAAUGAAGAGAUGAAUGCAAUGAGAGUAAUGAAGAGAAUUAAUUAGGACCAUGGAGAAAAGGAUUAGACUUGUUAGUGAACAUUCCAAGAAUCAAGAUAUCAAAUGAAGAAUUAUACAUUUUAACAUUGCAAAAAUUAAAAUAACUUCAAAUAAUACAAUAGGUUAUUGAAAACGAGACAAUGCAAAAUUAGCUAAGAUAGUUAGAAAAAUGGCUGAACAAACCGAUUAGUUAUACAAUCGAAAAGAUUAUAACAGAUCUGUAGAGAGCAAGAGUAGACAGAGGGAAGUAAAGAGUGGAGAAGAGGACCUAUUGUCUAUUAGAAUCAAGAGCCCUGAAAUCAAGCGAAGCAUGGAUAGGUACGGCCUAGUCAGCUUCGCCGUAGGCGACUAGGAAAAGUCUCAGUUCCACUCAAAUGUCAACGCACUUAUGUCAUCAAUAGAGCUAGGGCUUCUCUUGCGUCCUGUCGCUUAAACCGUCUCUCCCCUUCUUAGAACUCUCUCCAAGCAGCUAUAGCUAGAUCUGAUAUCAUAUAUCGUAACUUAUCUCAGUCUCUCAGAUAAACCUUCAGUCUCUCAUACUAUCAUCACUUACAUGCUUCUGCUACCAAUGGCAAAGUAAGGCCAUCUCUCUGUCAGCUCUACCCAUCAUUCAAUCAUCAUAAUAUAAUAAAACUACAUCAUGGGUGUGUUCUAAUACAAACGAGUCUUCUCAUUCACUUCAGCUUUCUCUUAUGGCAAGUACAUACUAUGAAGAUAUAAUGGUCAUUCUGCUUCUCUCACACACACUCCCCAACUUAUAUCAUCAUCAUCACACACACAUUUUCAUCUCUUCCUCCUGUCACUCAUCCUCUUCCUCUCCCUCCUCUUCCUCUCCUUCCUUCCCUGCUCCACUCCUCUCUCAUUUGACAUCUCUGCUCCACUUUUUACAUUCCAUUAGAAUCUCCCAGCUACAGAAUUUUGCAUACUUGUAACUAAAACAGGAUCUUAAAGUUUAUGGUUUGGUCCAAAUGGUUUGGUCCAAAUGUUGUUUCCAAGUGUUCUAUCAAAGUUUUCUAACCAAGUGUUCCAACCAUGUGUUCUAUCCAGGUGUUCUAUCCAAGUGUUCUAACCAGUAUUCUAUCCAAGUGUUCUUAACAAGUGUUCACACUUUCUGUCUUUUGUUCCUGGCAGGUCUGAAGCAAAGACACCUGGGAUAUGAGGAGGUAAGAUGCCCUAUGUUAUUGUCUGUGACUGAACCACUUACGAGAGUGUCUUUUUAAGGUUCAGACUCGGCUAUGUAUCACAAGACUUUGAGACAAUUAGACAUACUUUUUUGUUCCCUCUCUCUGUUUCUUUCUGGUGUCCUCCAUCCCUCCUGGGGAGAGAGAAGAUUAACAGAAUAGCCAACACUGCCACCUGCUGAGAAGAGUGGGAGAGAGAGAGGGAGGGAUGGAGAGAGAGAAAGAGAGAGAGAACUACCAGGUGUGAAACAGGAAAGGGACUCAGGGGGUAUGCUAAUUUGGUUUAGAGCAGACCUAACUCACUCUAUUAAAUUAAUCAAGACAGGAACAUUUUACAUUUGGCUAGAAAUUCAAAAGGAAAUUAUCUCAACAGAGAAAAAUGUCCUCCUGUGUGCUACCUAUAUCCCCCCACUAGAAUCCCCAUACUUUAAUGAAGACAGCUUCUCCAUCCUGGAGGGGGGAAAUCAAUCAUUUCCAGACCCAGGGACAUGUACUAGUCUGUGGCGACCUAAAUGCUAGAACUGGACACCCUCAGCACACAGGGGGACAAACACCUACCUGGAGGUGACAGCAUUCCCACCCCCAAAUGCCCCCCUAGGCACAACUACGACAACAUAACCAACAAAAACGGGUCACAACUCCUGCAGCUCUGUCGCACGCUGGGUAUGUACAUAGUCAAUGGUAGGCUUCGAGGGGACUCCUAUGGUAGGUACACCUAUAGCUCAUCUCUUGGCAGUAGUACUGUAGACUACUUUAUCACUGACCUCAACCCAGAGUCUCUCAGAGCGUUCACAGUCAGCCCACUGACACCCCUAUCAGACCACAGCAAAAUCUCAGUCUACUUGAACAGAGCAAUACUCAAUCAUGAGGCAUCAAAGCCAAAGGAACUGAAUAAUAUUAAGAAAUGCUAUAGAUGGAAGGAAAGUAGUGUCAAAACCUACCAAAAAACAAUUAGGCAACAACAAAUUCAAUCCCUUUUAGACAACUUCCUGGACAAAACGUUCCACUGUAAUAGUGAAGGUGUAAACUUGGCAGUAGAAAACCUAAACAGUAUAUUUGACCUCUCAGCUUCCCUAUCAAAUCUAAAAAUCUCUAACAGAAAACCGAAGAAAAGUAACAACAAUGACAAAUGGUUUGAUGAAGAAUGCAAAAACUUAAGAAAGAAAUUGAGAAACCUAUCCAACCAAAAACAUAGAGACCCAGAAAACCUGAGCCUACGCCUUCACUAUGGUGAAUCACUAAAACAAUACAGAAAUACACUACGGAAAAAGAAGGAACAGCAUGUCAGAAAUCAGCUCAAUGUAAUUGAAGAAUCCAUAGACUCUAACCACUUCUGGGAAAAUUGGAAAAACUAAACAAACAACAACACGAAGAGCUAUCUACUCCUGAGUGGCGCAGUGGUCUAAGGCACUGCAUCGCAGUGCUAACUGUGCCACUAGAGAUCCUGGUUCGAAUCCAGGCUCUGUCGCAGCCGGCCGCGACCGGGAGACUCAUGGGCGGCGCACAAUUGGUCCAGGGUAGGGGAGGGAAUGGCCGGCAGGGAUGUAGCUCAGUUGAUAGAGCAUGGCGUUUGCAACGCCAGGGUUGUGGGUUCGAUUCCCCGGGGGGCCAAUAAAAAAAAAAAAAUUCACUAACUGUAAGUUGCUCUGGAUAAGAGUGUCUGCUAAAUGACUAAAAUGUAAAUGUAUCUAUCCAAAAUGGAGAUGAAUGGGUAAACCACUUCUCCAAUCUUUUUGGCCCUAUAACAAAUAACAAACAGCAAAAAAAUAUACAUGAUCAAAUGCAAAUCUUAGAAACAACUAUUAAAGACUACCAGAACCCACUGGAAAUACAUUGAAUGAACUACAGGACAAAAUACAAACCCUCCAACCCAAUAAGGCCUGUGGUGUUGAUGGUAUCCUCAAUUAAAUGAUAAAAUAUACAGACCACAAAUUCCAAUUGGCUAUACUUAAACUCUUUAACAUCAUCCUUAGCUCUGGCAUCUUCCCCAAUAUUUGGAACCAAGGACUGAUCACCCCAAUCCACAAAAGUGGAGACAAAUUUGACCCCAAUAACUACCGUGGGAUAUGCGUCAACAGCAACCUUGGGAAAAACCUCUGCAUUAUCAUUAACAGCAGACUAGUUCAUUUCCUCAGUGAAAACAAUGUACUGAGCAAAUGUCAAAUUGGCUUUUUACAAAAUUACCGUAAGACAGACCACGUAUUUACCCUGCACACCCUAAUUGACAAACAAACAAAACAAAACAAAGGCAAAGUCUUCUCAUGCUUUGUUGAUUUCAAAAAAGCUUUUGACUCAAUUUGGCAUGAGGGUCUGCUAUACAAAUUGAUGGAAAGUGGGGUUGGGGAAAAACAUACAACAUUAUAAAAUCCAUGUACACAAACAACAAGUGUGCGGUUAAAAUUGGCAAAAAACACACACAUUUCUUUCCACAGGGCCAUGGGGUGAGACAGGGAUGCAGUUUAAGCCCCACCCUCUUCAACAUAUAUAUCAACGAAUUUGCGAGGGCACUAGAACAGUCUGCGGCACCCGGCCUCACCCUACUAGAAUCUGAAGUCAAAUAUCUAAUGUUUGCUGAUGAUCUGGUGCUUCUGUCAGCAACCAAGGAGGGCCUACAGCAGCACCUAGAUUUUCUGCACAGAUUCUGUCAGACCUGGGCCCUGACAGUAAAUCUCAGUAAGACAAAAAUAAUGGUGUUCCAAAAACGGUCCAGUUGCCAGGACCACAAAUACAAAUUCCAUCUAGAUCCCAUUGCCCUAGAGCAUACAAAAAACGAUACAUACCUCGGCCUAAACAUCAGCGCCACAGGUAACUUCCACAAAGCUGUGAACGAUCUGAGAGACAAGGCAAGAAGGGCCUUGUAUGCCAUCAAAAGGAACAUAAAAUUCGACAUACCAAUUAGGAUCUGGCUAAAAAUACUUGAAUCCGUUAUAGAACCCAUUGCCCUUUAUGGUUGUGAGGUCUGGGGUCCAAAUAAUGCAUGCAGAGCAGAAUUAGGCCGAUGCCUACUAAUUAUCAAAAUCCAGAAAAGAGCCGUUAAAUUCUAUAACCACUUAAAAGGAAGCGAUUCCCAAACCUUCCAUAACAAAGCCAUCACCUACAGAGAGAUGAACUUGGAGAAGAGUCCCCUAAGCAAGCUGGUCCUGGGGCUCUGUUCACAAACACAAACAGACCCCACAGAGCCCCAGGACAGCAACACAAUUAGACCCAACCAAAUCAUGAGAAAACAAAAAGAGAAUUACUUGACACAUUGGAAAGAAUUUACAAAAAAACUGACAAACUAGAAUGCUAUUUGGCCCUAAACAGACCACUGUGACUGACCCAAACUUAAGGAAAGCUUUGACUAUGUACAGACUCAGUAAGCAUUGCUAUUGAGAAAGGCCACCGUAGGCAGACCUCGCUCUCAAGAGAAGACAGGCUAUGUGCACACUGCCCACAAAAUGAGCUGAGCUGAGCUGCACCUCCUAACCUCCUGCCAAAUGUAUGACCAUAUUAGAGACACAUAUUUCCCUCAGAUUACACAGAUCCACAAAGAAUUCGAAAACAAAUCCAAUUUUGAAAAACUCCCUUAUCUACUGGGUGAAAUACCACAUUGUGCCAUCACAGCUGCAAGAUUUGUGACCUGUUGCCACAAGAAAAGGGCAACCAGUGAAGAACAAUUACCAUUGUAAAUACAACCCACAUUUAUGUUUAUUUAUUUUCCCAUUUGUACUUUAACUAUUUGCACAUUGUUACAACACUGUAUAUAUACAUAAUAUGACAUUUUAAAUGUCUUUAUUCUUUUGGAACUUCUGAGUGUAAUGUUUACUGUUAAUAUUUAUUGUUUAUUUCACUUUUGUUUACAAUCUACUUCACUUCACGUCAGCUAAAUGGCAUAUUAUUAUUAUUAUUACUUGCUUUGGCAAUGUUAACAUACGUUUCCCAUGCCAACAAAGCCCUGAAAUUAAAUUAAAUUGAAUUGAAUUGAGAGGGAGAGAGAGAGAGAGAGAGAGAGAGAGAGAGAGAGAGAGAGAGAGAGAGAGAGAGAGAGAGAGAGAGAGAGAGAGAGAGGGAGGAAGAGAGGGAGGAAGAGAGGGAGAGAGAGGCUGUAGAAACACAUACACAUACACACACUCCACCACCACCACUCAGCAUUGCUCCCGCUGUCACGUUGAAGUUGGAGAGGCAUUUCAUUUCAAGGGCCAUUAAGUUCUUUCUCCUCCUCAUAGUGUAAAGAGCACCGUGAGAUUCUACAUUCUACGUCUCAGUAAAGAAAGAGACAAAAAUAGCCUUGCCUCCCCUCUGAGCUCUACAUCAUACUCUGCCCUGCCCUCUACUAAUACAACUGUAAUUACACUCUUUAUGGAGCUAAUUUCCAUUUGCUGCUGCCUGGCGUGGACCACUCAGCACUCACAAAAAGCAUCAUUAUGUGGUGUCACUAACUGCCCUGUGUCCUCCAAAACCUGCACAUAAAUGCUAUAUAUGCAGUUAAGAAAAUGUUUGAGGGAAAAAGCCUGUUUUAGGAAAAUAGGGAAAGUGAACCACAGAGAGUAAAAGCUGUUAGUGGUUCAGAUUGGCAGGUUAUGGCGGCUCUGUGGGAGACUGUUUUCACCCGCUGGUCUCUCCUCUCAUACGCAAUCCUCCUCCGUCCUCACACCUCGCCCUCAUACAGGCUGGGAUGGAUCUGGAGCUAGCUUGUGUUUGGCCUCAAACUUUGUUUUCCCCUUUCUGUACGAGUCGGCACGUCAAGACUAUCUGGAGGGGUGGAUGAGCAAUGAGCGAUGGCGGUUGAGAGAUAAUUGAGGAAUUCUAUCAAUCAAUCACUGUAUUAUAUUCGGAAUGCCCCAUGCACAUAUUUGGGAUUCCAUUGAAUGAAAUCAAAGAGAAGAAGACAGGAGAGAAGCCUCCUGUGGUGUGUACAGGAAAUGAGACACAAUCCACAAUCCAGGAAUAUAAUGUUAUUUUGCACAAAACACUCAAAUUAGAUUUCCCCUCUAUGAGUGAAUCUCUGUCCCCUUCACAUUGCCUCUCUCUUCACACACACAAACACACGCACACCGAGACACACUCAUCAUCUCUUCUUCAGCUCAUGUGCUGACUUGAAUGGACACUCUUGUUCAAUUUAGUUCCAUGGCCUUUCUGUUUAUCUGCUCCUGGGAUAGGGAGGUGGUCAUGGGACUGUGCUCAUGGAGCCAGACUCAUGCUAGUCAUAUGAGCUUCAGGGCCUUCCCACCGCAACGAAAACAGGAAAGAAAGAGAGACGGAGAGGGAAGGUGAGGGAGGAGAGAGAACGUGUCUAGGAAGUGAGAGAGGAGGGAGAGGAAGAUGGAGGAUUUGAGAUGGAGGGUCAGGGCCAUGGCUGCUGUGUGUGUCCAGAGUUGCUGCUGGUGCUGUGUUGUGGUCGAAGAAGAUGGAGAAAGAGGGGAGGAGAAGGAGGAGGGGAGGGAGGAGGAGCAAGAGGAGGAGGGAAUGGAGGAGCCCCCAUCUCCCAAGAGCAGGAGUGUCACGUCCUUACCAUCUGCUGAGGUAGUAGUGAGCGUGUGUGUGUGUGUGUGUGUGUGUGUGUGUGUGUGUGUGUGUGUGUGUGUGUGUGUGUGUGUGUGUGUGUGUGUGUGUGUGUGUGUGUGUCUGUCUGUCUGAUACUGCAGGCUUGGUUAGGGUGAUGGCUGGUGCCACUGUGUUAUUACUGUCAGUGUCCUUGGAUUAUCUAACUAACACUGAGAGUCAUGAUGCCAAUGUUGUCAUGACUUUAGGGAUAUCCCUCUGUCUGUCAGUGUGCCCUGUGCACACAUCAAUUAGGUUCAGUGAAACACUCCUGAUAGGGAAUUCUCUCUGGAAAAACGCUCCCUCUGCAUUGACAGUAACCUUUCCUCUCAGGGUUGCCAGGGAUUCUUUCAACUAGCUUGUGGGUUUUUGUUUUGAUGCCAAAGCUGUAAACUUAGCUAGUGGGUAAUGUGUUCUAGCUGACUAGCUACAGGAUGGCCGGCUACAAUAAUAGAUGUGUCAUCACAACAGCGGGUUUCCUGUCUCUUUAGGCCCUGGAGGGAUGUGAGGCCCUUGUCUUCUCCCACGCCUCUCCGCAACAUUCAGAGAAUCCACAACACACAUUUUGCUGUGUCUAACAAAUGUAUUUUGGAAAAAGGCGCCGUCGACAGGAACAGAGGAACGGAGAGGAAAGCAAUUGCAUUGAGUAGCGUAGACCCUGACAGUGGUAGACGGGGGUGAUGGAUUAUGGUCCCAUGGGGCAUCACAGGUCUCUGUAUCAGCACAGCUCACAUUGAAACGUCCUGUACUCUACUGUGACUAAUACAAACUAUUUACACUGAGUAUACCAAACAUUAGGAACACCUUUUGCCCUCAGAACAGCCUCAAUUCAUCGGGGCAUGGACUCUACAAGGUGUCGAAAGCGUUCCACAGGGAUGCUGGCCCAUGUUGACUCCAAUACUUCCCACAGUUGUGUCAAGUUGGCUGGAUGUCCUUUGGGUGGUGGACCAUUCUUGAUACACAUGUGAAACUGUUGAGUGUGAAAAACCCAGCAGUGUGGCAGUUCUUGACACAAACCAGUGCGCUUGGCAUCUACAACCAUACCCUGUUCAAAGGCACAUUAAUAUUUUGUCUUGCCCAUUCACUCUCUGACUGGCAGACAUACACAAUCCAUGUCUCAAUUGUCUCAAGGCUUAAAAAUCCUUAUUUAUCCUGUCUCCUCCUGUCAUGUGAAUUUCUAUCUCUAAUUCAACUUAAGCUUGAAUCAUUACCAGAGGUUGUAAAGCUCUGGUUUUAAUCAUCAAUGAUUCAAGGUCCACAAUCCACAAGUAAUUAUCGGUAUAUUUAUUCAUGGAGAGCGCUCUGCCGCUAAAAACACAUACAUACUGUUUUUAUACUUCUUGACAAACAAAGGCACUAUGCUUCUCCCACCUUUAGGUGGCUUUCUUAAACAGUUCCCGCCUCCUCCUUUACCCUUGAAUGUUUAGUACCCCCUCUGUUAGUGGGUUGACACUACAUGAUAAUUCUAACAUUUAUACUGUAUUUGGGGUAAAAUCCUUUAGUCAUUAUUCUUAAAAUCCAAAUUAAUCUAACACCUCCCCUGCAUCUACACUGAUUGAACUGGUUUUAACAAGUGACAUCAAUAAGGGAUCAUACUCUCUUGCUCUCUGACUCUCUCUCUAUCUGACUCUCUCUCUCUUUGACUCUCUCUUUCUCUCUCUCUGACUCUCUCUCUCUCUGACUCUCUCUCUCUCUCUCUCUCUUGUCUGUCAUGUGUUUAUUUGCAUCCACCACUCUCUCUCUCCUGUCUGUCUCUCUAUUCUCUCUCCUCCACCGGGCCAGUUGGAUGAGGCAGACCCGUCCUACUCCAAGCCCCAGCCUCACUGGUUCCACACGCUGCAGGUCCGCAGGCUGACGGUCCAGAGAGAACGCAGCAACAGUGACCCUAUGGGGGGGAAGAGUUUCGAUCAGGAGUUCCAAUGGGUGAGCACUGGGAAGGUUAGCCUUGUCCCAGAUCUGUUAUGAUUACUAUGGUGUGUGACAAUGACUUUAGGAUUUGGCAAGAUAGUACAAACAGAUCUAGGAUCAGGCUAGGUGAGGUAGGUGGCACCUGGUUAUGUCUGUAAUGUACCUGCAGUUACCUCACUCUGUCAAUAUGAAUAUUGUAAAAAAUGUUUGAGGUCAGCACCUUACCCCACCUAAAACACGUGUGUGUGUCCUCAGAAAACAGGCCUACAGUUUGGCACAGCUAACUCCUACCUGAACCUGGAGAAGCUAGGGGAAGGGACAUACGCUACAGUCUACAAAGGAAUCAGCCGGUCAGUAUCAAUCAAUCAAUCAGUUGUCAUCAAGUGCUUAUGCAGUAACCCGACCUUGACCCCAAAGAGCAAGUGGAAUCUGAAGUCAGUACAGGUGCUAUAAGCCAGACAUUACCACAACUCAACACUGAUGAACAGCUCAAUAAUUACGUUAUCCACCCUGAUAACGUCCAAUAGGUCAGUGUAGUUGUUCGUAUAUGACACAUCUUUUAUAUUAUCAAAUAAAAUAAAAUUGUAUUUGUCACAUGCGCCGAAUACAACAGGUGUUACCGUGAAAUGCUUACUUACAAGCCCUUAACCAACAAUGCAGUUCAAGAAAUAGAGUUAAGAAAAUAUUUACUAAAUAAACUAAAGUAAAAAAUACACAAUAAAAUAACAAUAACGAGGCUAUUAUCCCUACAAACCAAACCGCUAUGUCAGCUGGUAUUGAUUUGACUGACCCUAUUUGUCCUCUGUGCUGUUCGUUUGACUAAGGACAAGGUUUUUAGUGAACAUCUAUUGGAUGGUUCUACACUAACGAGCACAGAGCACAUAAAGCUUUUCACGGUGGUUUCACUUUAUAAGGUCAAACAGCACACAGCCGAGGCUGCCAGAGGUUACGUCACAGAUAGAACAAUGAGACAGAUAUUUCACCGGAUGUAUAAAUGUGAAGCAUCCGCUUGGCGUUUCCACUCACUACCAAAUAUGGUAGUGAGAGGAAGCCCAGUGGCCAGCAGUGGGAGAAGAUGGAACGAGAAGGAUUUUGGCCGACAUUCUGCAAAUGUUCUCAUCGAUUAAACAUUUGAUCUCAAUAAAGUAUACGGUUCCCAAAAGUAUAAUCUGUUACGAAUAGAGUGGAUUAAGUUUUGUAGACUUAAUCCUUUGCCAAAGUUGUAAUUUUUUUUGCAUUGUUUAGAAGGAGUGCAAAGGCAAAUUUAGUUAUUGCACACACGCACUUCACAGAGUAGGCGUUCCCUAACGGAAAUAUGCAAAUGUAUGCUAGAACACGCCAAUAGGAUCUCGCUAGCUUGUGCUUGGCUCUGCCCACCUCCUUGCUCUGCCCACUAUGACUCAUGUGUUCCUAUUUGAAACGACAGGCUGUGGUCUGUCUUGCUUUAGUUAUACAAAUCUUUGGUUACAUUUUGCUAGUGUUCAGGACAGAGAGCUUUAUUAACUCAUAAAGUCAGACUCCAGAAGACCAGGCAGAGAGCUUUAUUAACUCAUAAAGUCAGACUCCAGAAGACCAGGCAGAGAGCUGCCAAAAGCCACAGCUGCACUAAGAUAAAACGUUUUUCGGUCGGGUAGGAGAUGUGAUUUGAUUGGUUGGCAGCAGUGCAGAAAUGGAGGGUGAGGUUCUUUUGAGUUUUUCUUGACAUUUACUGAGGUCAUGAAUUGUAUCUCUCUGUUAUAAAUGAUAAUAGAUGACUGUAUUUGCCUGUAUUUCUGUAUUUGUCUGUAUCCUCUCUCACCAUAACUGAGCUGUGGUGUGUUCACUCUUUCUGUUACUCUCCUCUACUCUGCCCUCAGGAUAAACGGGCACCUGGUGGCCUUGAAGGUGAUUCGUAUGAAGACUGAAGAAGGCGUACCAUUCACUGCCAUCCGAGAGGGUGAGAGAGCUUUUCCAGUAGGCACAUACUGUAAAAGCAAAACAGGAUUGAUACUUCGAUGUCUCAGAGUACUCCCAGGAGAUGAACUGAAGUGAAGUCAUGUUAGCUUUAGCAUGUUUAGGAGAAUUGCAUGUGCUUAUCAUAUUCCAUUUCCACUGUGAACGAAGUCAAUUAGUAUUAGCUCUGUGCCUGUCUCUCCAGCUUCCCUCCUGAAAGGCCUGAAACACGCCAACAUUGUCCUGCUCCAUGACAUCAUCCACACCAAAGAGGCACUCACAUUUGUCUUUGAGUACGUACAAACAGACUUGGCUGAGUAUAUGAAGCAGCACCCAGGGGGCCUGCAUUCCUACAAUGUCAGGGUAAGUUCAAUAUUUGGAUAAACAGAACCUCAACAAAUACCAUAACUUUUCCCUCUCACCCAAAAAUCUUUACUCUACUCUUUCAAUUGUUUUGAUUGUUCACCAUUGACCAUACUCAUCCUGCAUGUCUGUCUGUCUGUCUGUCUGUCUGUCUGUCUGUCUGUCUGUCUGUCUGUCUGUCUGUCUGUCUGUCUGUCUGUCUGUCUGUCUGUCUGUCUGUCUGUCUGUCUGUCCAUCAGAUCUUCAUGUUCCAACUGUUGCGGGGUCUGUCCUACAUCCACGGUCGGAGGAUCCUGCACCGGGACCUCAAACCCCAGAACCUGCUCAUCAGCUACCUGGGGGAGCUCAAACUGGCUGACUUCGGUAACCCAAACCCUAGCUUCAUGUCCACAUUCUGGUUCAACCCUAACCUCAACCCUAACCCUAACCCUAGGUUCAUGUCCACAUCCCGGUUCAACCCUAACCCUAGCCUCAACCACAACCCUAACCCUAGCUUCAUGUCCACUUCCCGGUUCAAACCUAACCCUAGCCUCAACCACAACCCUAAUCCUAGCUUCAUGUCCACAUCCUGGUUCAACCCUAACCCUCAACCACAACCCUAACCCUAACUUCAUGUCCACAUCCCAGUUCAACCCUAACCCUCAACCACAACCCUAACCCUAGCUUCAUGUCCAAAUCCUGGUUCAACCCUAACCCUACCCUAAACCGAGCCAACCCCUCCACACCCUCUUAAGUUCCUGCUUGUCCAUUGUCCAACUAUCCUCUGAAGAAGCCUAUAGUGGCGAAACGUCAGGAGCACUAUUUCUUAAAAGUGUACAGUCCCCUAACCUAACCCACAUGUGUUAUUUGGGCAUGUAUGCAGGUGGUAUUAUAUCUAUGUUAUAUGUGGUAUUGUGUUCAUGUUAUAACUAUAUGGUUUUGUCUGUAUCCACUAGGGCUGGCCCGGUCCAAGUCCAUCCCGUGCCAGACCUACUCGUCUGAGGUGGUGACUAUGUGGUACCGGCCUCCUGAUGUCCUCCUGGGUUCCACUGAUUACUCCACUGCUCUGGACAUCUGGUGAGUGGACUGGACAUAUCAGGACAUACAAUAUCCCAUAUUUGGACAGGGUCUGAACAUCCGCCAUAUCCAACCAUCCUGCAGGCAAGGUUGCAAUAACAUCAUUUCAAUCUGCUUUUUCCCACUGGGCAGCCAGUUCUGAACCCACCAGCACUGAACCAGAAUACCACUAGACCACACUGAUCUAGAGACUACAUAACUACUUAGAUCACUGUGUCAUGGUGCUUUCAAGACAACUGGCAACUCGGGAAAAAAACGAGGUUAAAUCAUGACGUCAGUGAUCUUCAGGUCGGAAAGUCAGAGCUCUAGAAAGAUGCGUGAGUUUCCGACUUGGAGUUCCGAGUUGGAUGACCGUUCAAACCGAUUUUUCCUAGUCAGAGCUGUUUUUUUUCUGAGUUCCCAGUUGUCUUGAACGCACUGAAGUCGGAAGUCAGAGAUUUCCUAGUUCCCAGUUGUUUUGAACACGGCAUCAGUGGUGGUGUUAGAGUAGCUGUCAUUAGUGUUGCCAAGUACUCUCCUACAGAGUUAGUUACCUCAGGUUGGCUCAGAGAAUGUUGCGUGUUCAGAAGAGUUUAACCUCUUGGCCUUGGUCUAACGAUGGUUCGGUGCCAUACUGAAAAACAAACGUUUAGAGUUGCUCUCCUAAGCAAAAUAUUAUUUCCCCCCAGAGUUAAAGGAAUUUUGUACUAAUGAAUAGCAUAAGCGUUGGUAUAAACCAUCCUGUGCGUUAAUGUUAACGAUAUCUAGGCAGGUUUCUAUUUGACCUUUCCAAAUAGAAGAGAUUGGGACCACAUGUUGUUUAAGGACUUUGAAUACAAAGAGAAAUGUACCGACAGGGUUAGUAUUUUAAUAGCGAUAAUCAAAUGUGUUGGCCAUAACCAAGGUAUUUGCUUGCAUGUUGUUUAUUUUGGAAGGUUUUCAUAUUUUUACCAAGGAUACGUUUUUGAAUUCAUCCUCUUUUUUUCGCUAUGUUUUGCCUUCUAGGAAUAGACUGCUCAGAAUAAUAAACCUACCCUUAGUUUUUACCAAGUUCGCUUAUUGUGCCGAUUAUAAAGUACUGAAGAAAGAUGUCCGUACUUCUCCCUCUUUUCACUGGUUAUUAAAUAACUCUCUCAAUCCUGUGUUGUCUUCCAGGGGAGCUGGAUGCAUCUUCAUUGAGAUGCUUCAGGGGACACCAGCCUUUCCAGGGGUGGCAGACAUCUUUGAGCAGCUGCAGAAGAUAUGGGCUGUGAGUAGGAUCCCCCUUCACUCGUUUCAAUGGCAUCAUCCUCUCUACACUCUUAGAGAAAAAGGUGCUAUCUAGAACCUUAACGGGUUCUUCGGCUGUCCCCGUAGGAGAACCCUUUGAAGAACCAUUUUGGGUUCCAGGUAGAACCGUUUUGGGUUCCAUGUAGAACCUUUCUACGGCGUGUUCUACAUGGAACUCAAAAGGGUUCUACCUCAAACCCAAAAGGGUUCUACCUGGAACCCAAAAGGGGUUUUCCUAUGGGGACAGCCAAAGAACCCCUUUGGAAGCCUUUUUUCUAAGAGUGUAGAUCCACAAUAACUAAUACAGAUGACGGUUGAUGGCUCUCUCUGGACCCUUUCUGUCUGUCUGCAGGUCGUAGGGGUCCCGACUGAGGAGACGUGGCCAGGAGUGAACGAGCUGCCCAACUUCAGGCCAGGUCAGAACCACUUCAUCCCUACUCUUUCAUCCUCCUCCUCCCUCAUGACUAUUACAAUAAUCCAAUCUAUGUGCUGCUGA